AUGGAAGGGGAUCAGAACCAGCACAAGAAAUUCGUGUGCAAGUUUUGCAACAGGAGAUUCCAAUGUGGGAAGUCACUUGGUGGUCACAUCAGGACUCAUUUGAACAAGAAACCAACUCGAGAAAAGGAACAGGAGGUGGUCGUGGUCGAAGAAGACGAGUUUGCUAGAGUUACUAGGACGGCAAAGCUUUUGACAUUGGAUUCCGGGCCAGAAGGGCAAUCCGGUUACCGUCUCCGGGAGAAUCCCAAGAAGUCUUGGAGGUUUUCGGAUCACAAAGUCCCGAGCUUUCAGUUGCAGCAGAUGAAAGUGUGCAAAGAAUGUGGGAAAGGUUUCAUGUCGCUGAAAGCAUUGUGUGGUCACAUGGCUUGUCACUCUGGUGACAAGGAGAGGAAGCUUGAAGAGAUUGAGGAGUUUUCCGAGACUAGUGAGAAGCAUAAGCUAGUGAUGGAUAGUCAGUCUGAUACUGAGACCUCAUCAGCUCCAACAAAGCAGAGGAGGGUGUCAAAGAGAUUGAGGGAGAGCAGCAACUUUGAAGUUCAUGGUGGUUGUUCAUCUGGUUCUGGAGUUGAGCAAGAGCAGCAGGAAGUGGCUAUUAGUUUGAUGAUGUUGUCUCGUGAUUCGGGUUAUAAAGGGGGUUUGAAUUCGUUUGGUGAGUCUUCAGAUAACAAUUCAGUGAUUUUGGAGGGUAAGUCAUCUUCUAUUGAUAUGAGAAUUAGUACUAAGAGAGGUCUGAGUUAUGGUGCUAAAGUGAGUGAUGUUAUGGACUUGAAGAGAGUUAGAGAGAAAAAGUUGAAGUAUGAGGAGGUUACUGUUUCUGACAAUUCUGAUUCUGGGUACCAUAUACAUGAGCCCAAGAGGGUUGAAUCAGAUGUUUCUGUAGAUGGGUUUGUGAGGAAGGGUGAGUUUAAGAAGUACAGAGCUGAAUUCGGAUCCGGGUUUGGGGGAUAUGAGACCUAUGAUGUUAAAUCAAGAAGGGGGUUUGGCAUCAAGUCUGAAAUGGUGAAGGAAUUGGCAAAGGAAGAAGAAACUUAUGAACUAGUAGAUAGGAGUUCUUCAAAGUAUGCAUUGAGAAAAUCCAUUAAGAAUGGCUUUCACAGACCAUUUACUAGUGGCUCUUCCAGUGUUGAAGUCUACAAGAAUGUUAAAAAGAGCAGCAAAUGUGAGUGCUUGACUUGUAACAAGACCUUCCAUUCUCAUAGAGCUCUUGGGGGUCAUAGAGCAAGUCAUACAAAGAGUAAUGGCUACUAUGAAUCUAUGUAUGAGAGUGGAGAAAACAGCAUAGACAGUGAUGAGUCUCCUAUUCCAACACCUCAGAGUAAGCAUGUUGAGGACAAUAAGCCUUACAAAGGCAAAACCCCAAUUAACCAGGACUUGGGUGCAAAGAGAAACUCAGGGUCUAAGAGAAGCAAGGGGCAUGAGUGCCCAUUCUGCUUCAAGGUUUUCAAGUCAGGCCAAGCCUUAGGUGGUCACAAAAGGUCCCAUUUUGUUGGAGGAUGUGAAGUCAAAACUGUAGUACUUGGACAAGAGCACCAGCAGCAGGAACACGAAGAAGAAGAAGAAGAUGACGAAGAAGAAGAAGAACAUGAACUUGAAGUCCCUGAAAAUGAGGCUGAUAUCCCUACACUAUUUGAUCUUAACCUUCCAGCUCCUAUGGAGGAAGAAGCAACUGGGAGCUUUGAGUACAUGUCAUGGUAG